AUACAGUACCUGACUGUCAGCAACUGCACCCACGAUGCCCUUCGCCGAAGCUGAUGCCUUUCGAGCGAACUCGACUUGAAUGGUGUUGGGGUUUAUCCAUGGGGUCUCUCGACAUGUAUUUGACCUCAUUCUCUGAUCCUGAUUUGGAAGCACUUCUGGAAGACGACAGCUCUUUCUUAACCUUUGAUUCCCGCUUCGCGACGAGGUUGCUUCAACAUCUACCAGAUAGGCAAGCCAGAGGCCAGCCCACUUUUAUUGACAACAUAUACAGUGACCGCGACAAGCCGUUCAAGUAUAUCGUCUGGGACGCUAAUAAAGCCACCAUGGAACUGCCUCGCCAGAUUGUUUCUUCAAUCCCGCCCCAUAUUACCAUUGGCCGGUCAAUAAGGAAGCUCUGUCAGCACCGACUCUCUCGGUCCGCAACACGAAGACGGAGGUUGUGGGACCUUUUUUAUAUGCUUUAUUAUCUUCCGCACGCAAGUCCUCGGCCUGAAAUCAAUCAAGUCAAACCCAGUCGCGUGAACGCCCGGUUGAUCACACUGGGCUGUGUCUUCAGGCAAUGGUUGUUCGCAAAAGUGCCCUCUGGAUUCAUCACGGGUAUACCAAACGCAGAACUCUCGGAGGAAUCGGAAGGCUCUGAAGGAUAUCCGAGUACUGCGUCUGCCAGUGACGACGAAGAUACGAUCACAGACUCGGAACAGAGCUUGGGCUCCACUGGAAAAACCAUAUACGUCGUUCGAAAACCGGCGUGUAAUUUCUCGAAAUUCAGGGUGAAAGCUCGGCGCGAAAAACGAAUCACCAAUUGGGUUCACGAAGUUGGCCGGUUUGAGAUGGACGACAAAUUUCUCUUCGAUGCCGACGAAGUGGAGAUGGUCCAACACGACGAGGCGCCUUCGGAUGUGAAGUUGAACCUGCAGGAGCCAUAUUCAAGUCCCGAAUCAUCCUUUUCGACACCAGUCCCUUCCGAGCUUGAAGGUGAUCCAAUUGCAAUAACGAUAGACAACGCCGACAUCUCUGAAUCUGUUCUCCACGCAUCCAUAAUCCGACAACCGGGAGAAAAUAUUGUCAACUUGAAAUCGAUCGUGGAGAUGAAGGAUCAAUGCACAGAGCGGGUCGAGAGUUGGCUGUGCGAUCUGGACUGUUCUGAUCCGGAGAUGGACGACAAAUCUACUUGCGCUGAUGCCGAAGGGAAAGCAGUCGAAGCACAAGCGAUGGCCUAA